UUACUUUGAUUGUUUUAUGUUAAAAAAAAGCAAUAAGAAUUAAUUAGAAUUGGUUGUUAAGACUAACCAGACAUGGACAUUUAUACAAUUUAUAUAUUGAGCCGGAUUCUUUCCGACAUCCACGGUAACAUCGCUGUUCAAUGUGGUUGCUAAGCAACAUAGUUAGUAAAAGAUUGUUUUGCUAGCUUUGGUCCGCUGCCGUGUAGAAGGGCCUUGUGUCCGGGGCUAUUUUUCAAGGCGGAUUCCUAUCUUGAGAUUUAGUUAAAUGUGUAUUUCGUAUAAACAUAAUUGUAAAAAAACAUCCAGAAACCAUGGUUUGACUCGAAAGCUUGUUGAAUGUAGGCUUCGCCAUGGAAAUGAUGAAGGAGAAAUACAUUGUGAACACGAACGGAGACGAUUACGAAAGAUUUGUUUUCCAUCGUCUUCAAAACUUUGCCAGCAGAGAUGACAGCUCUCAGAGCAGUUUGUUGGCCAGCAGGCAAUGGAGAGAUUACCCUGUGGAAAACCCUGAAAAAAAGCAGUCCAUCUCAGAAGAUCUUAAACCGGAUUCACUAUGGAUGAAACAAUGGUCCGCUCAAAUAAGCCAGGCUUUUCGAACCAGACAGCUGCUGGUUGACUUUGAUGACGGCCGACCAAAAUUCAAACUCCGAGAGCCUCAGGACCUGUUCUCCUUCCCUUCCUCCGGGUACCCAUUUCAGGGGGUCCGCUGGCCAAUGGAGAGUGAGGUCAUUGAUGGCAUCAUCCAGCACAUCGACUGGGACCCCCCCCAGCCCGAGCCCUUCUACCACCCCACGGGCCUGGAGCGAGCCCCGGUCCUAGUGGGGGAGGAGGGGGGGAUCUUGGUGUACUGCAUUGACCUUGCCACUAAGAAGCCGUAUUUCACAUGCUCUCGUGUUGGGGGAAGCCGUGGCCCAAUCAAGAGUGGAAGGGCCUGCACCAUGUGUCUGAAGGAUCCGCCCCUCGAGUUUGAGUCGCGCUUUGAGAGUGGAAACCUGCAGAAGGCCAUUCAAGUGGGUGCCUAUAAUUAUGAGCUCACUCUGCGCCCAGACAUGUACACCAGCAAGCACACCCAGUGGUUUUACUUCAGGGUCAGGGGCAUGAAGGCCGGGGUCAGCUACCGCUUCACCAUAGUGAACCUGAUGAAGGGCCACAGCCUGUACUCCCAGGGGAUGAGACCUCUGCUGUACUCCCAGAUAGCUGCCGAGGAGCAGGGGAGGGGCUGGCAUCGCAUUGGAUCCAACAUCAAGUACUACCGCCACUACCCUCAGACAAGCUUGGAGAACCCCAGCAGCGAAGGCCCCGCCCUGCACUCGCUCACCUGGACCUGCCAGUUCCCGUACGACGCCGACACGUGCUACCUGGCCCACUGCUACCCCUACACCUACUCCCGCCUGCAGCGAUACCUGAGCCGCCUCACCUCCGACCCUGGAACCGCUGCCUACUGCAAGCUCCGCGUGCUGUGCCACAGUCUGGGCGGGAACCCCGUGCACGUGCUGACCAUCACUUCCCCGGAGCGGUGCCGAGGCCCCGAGGGCACGAGGGCCAAAAGAGCCGUGGUGGUGACGGCCCGGGUCCACCCCGGGGAGACCAAUGGCUCCUGGAUGAUGGAGGGCUUGCUGGACUUCCUGUUGGGCGACUCGGACGACGCCCGUCUGCUCAGGGACACGUUUGUUUUCAAGGUGGUGCCCAUGCUUAACCCCGACGGCGUGGUGGUCGGGAAUUACCGCUGCUCUCUGGCCGGCAGGGACCUCAACAGGAACUACAGGACAAUGCUGAAGAACGCAUUCCCCACGGUGUGGCACACGCGCAACAUGGUGAAAAGGUUGACCGCGCAGACGGACGUGGUUCUUUACUGUGACUUCCAUGGCCACAGUCGUAAAAACAACGUGUUCAUGUACGGCUGUAACGACCGGGACGACCCCUCUCUGCAGCUGAACGAGAGAGUCUUCCCACUAAUGAUGAGCAAAAACGCCAAAGACAUGUUCUCAUUCAGGAGCUGCAAGUUCCGGGUGCAGAAGAGCAAAGAAGGGACGGGGCGGGUCGUCAUGUGGCGGCUGGGCGUCAGAAACAGUUACACCAUGGAGUCUACUUUCGGAGGCUCAACUCUGGGGGGCCGGAGCGGGACCCACUUCACCACACAGGACCUGAAGUCUUUUGGCUACUGCCUUUGUGACACCCUGCUGGACUACUGUGACCCGGAUACCACCAAGACUGCGUUGUGUCUGGCUGAGAUGACAUCGUUGCUCAGGCAGAGGGCCAGCAAGCGGUCAGGCCAAGAUUCCAACGCCAUCAUCUCUGUCUACGACCUGGAAUCCAGCACCAGUGGCUCAGAUAGCUCAGAAUCGGAUGGACUGCCGCUACAUUUACUGAAGCAAGGCACUAUGGCUAAGAAACACCGGCUGACCCGCCGAGAGAGGAACAAACUGCGACAGGAUACCGUCAUGAAGAACACACAGGCCCAGAUGCCAACUCCACUUCCUGAUGCCAUGGUGAAGGAAAGGAGCCCGGAGAAGACUUUGGUGUCACAAAAAAGGAAAGAGAAGCCAUCCAGUAACGCACGGGAGAUCGGUCACGUGACCCUGUGGCAGGGCAGAGAGCCAGUCAAGCACGAAAGUGUGGAGGCUCGGAGGACACAUUCAUACAUGCAUCCCAGGACCAGGACCUGUCAUACAGAGCCUCAUACAGAGGGCCAAAGAGAAAGACACGUGUGUACAACUAAGCUGCUCUACCUGAGUGCCAUGCUGCCCUCGCGGUCAGCCCUCACCGAGGAUGAGCGGCAGCCACAGCAGCGGUCCCUGCUGUCGUCGCUGUACCUGAAAGGCCUACGAAGCAGGCAGCAGGCUCCUCGUGCACCGACUACCUACAGGCCUCACUCUGGCAUCCAGUUCAAGGUGGUUCCAGAAAUACUGUCCGUCAGAGGCAACGAGCCGUGGGUCUCCCAGCACAACAGGGUGUCGGUGCAGAACCUGCCAGCUGAGGAUCACUCAUCCUUCAUCUCCCCUUCGACAAAUAUCACCUAUUCUCCCCCAUACAAUCACAGAGUCUUUCCCUCAAAAGCCACCCUAACGGCGGCCAAUGGGGUACGGGCCGGUGGGCUUAGUGAACAGAGACCGGGAGAGCCUCACUAGCCACUGAGUCAUCAGGGAAGAUCAGAAAUAAUAGGAUCUGGGUGUAACCCAGUGUUGCUGAAGAAGCAAUAACUUUGGUGAUUAGUACCUUUUUUUAUGUGUGACAGACCCAAUUGGCCAACGGCUCGGUGCGACAGAAGCUUUUCCACCCUCAGCGUAUGGAAAUCCAGGCUUCAUCAGCCAUCGUCUCCCUGGCGUGACGCCGACUCUCUACAGGCAACAGAAGCCCGGCUGCUGCACUCAGGGAAAAAUAUUCUUUCACAGUGGGGCAGACAGACAGGGCAGCUUGACUGCUCCAGACAUCGAGAGGUUCUGUUCCUUCCUGCCACUCCCCAAAGUGCACGGGUGGCGUGGGGAAGACAAUAGACCCAACAUGUCCCCCACAUAUUGAACUUUUGGUUUUUUAAUUCUUGUAAUGUCACUGUUUACACGUGGAUAGAAAGUGCUGUUCAUAGAAUUUAAACAAAUAACUUAAAGGUGGAACACUGGAAAAUGAAGUUGCUACUUAUGUAAUGCCUGUGAUGUCGUAUUGGUACGAUAUUCAUAUACAGGUAGAUACCUAACCUGUAAUAUAAUAAUAAUGAUUUUGAUGAUGUUUUAAUGAAGGCAUGCCCAAUCUCAAUGAUCUGCCCAACAAUAUUCAAAGUAUUAUUUGUAACCCAACACAGGACGUUUUAUGCAGAUAUAUAUGAUGAUUAAAUAGUGAGCAUUACCUGCAUGAGCAGGCUAUUGCUGUUGUUAUAACCGCCACUGUGUCUCCACCCCAACCCAGCGGCCCACAAACAAAUGCACACCACAAAUGGACUUCAAUAUAAAAAUAUAUUUUUAAAAGCAAAUAACACUGUUCUUUGACAUCAGAUUUUGUGGAAUACAAUUAAUAAUAAU